ACCAGUAAUCGAGGUGCCUCCAGACCGUGCUCGGUCUCGUCGCUGAGCCUGAUGGCUGCUGUGGUGGAUGGAGUAUCUGCCGCUCCCAUCUCAGGAAGCUGUACCUCGGUGAACACCGUUUGUUCGGAUAGUGACCACCCGGUCAGUCUCAGCUCCUCUGCUUCCUCGGCAUCGCUCCAGGAUGGCCACAGCUCAUUUGGCAGCAACGGGACCCUGGUACCCACCACCAGCGCCCUCAGUUACCCCCCUCCGCUCGGCUGUGACAUCAGCUUGGACCUGACCCCGGUCAGCCAUACCAAGGCUCCCUUGGGAGAGGGCAACACCAGGCGUGGGAAUCUGACCAUGGAUGUUCCCCGUGGUAUCCCAUGGUCCCCUCCUCCCAUUCCCCAAACCAAGGAGCCACUGGCAAAGCUCUCACACGUGGACAGGGUGAUGAAGGAGAUCAUCGAAACCGAACGGGCGUUUGUUCGGGAUUUGAAGAGCAUUGUGGAGGAUUAUCUGGGCUGUAUCAUCGAUUCGGAACAGCUCCCUCUACAACCCGAUGAAGUGAACACCUUAUUCUGCAACAUCGAAGACAUCUACCAGUUUAACAGUGAGCUGCUGGUGGAUCUGGAGACCUGUAAAGACGCUGUUGAGGUAGCGGAAUGUUUCGUCGAGCGGAGUGAAGAAUUUGAUAUUUACACCUUGUACUGCAUGAACUAUCCCAACUCUGUGUCUGUCCUGAGAGAAUGCAUGAAGAACGGAACCCUCGCCAAAUUCUUCCGGGAGCGGCAGACAUCCCUGUCACAUUCGUUGCCGCUGGAAACGUACCUGUUAAAGCCAGUCCAAAGGAUCCUCAAGUAUCAUCUCCUGCUGCAGGAAUUGGCGAAACACUUUGAUAAAAGCGCGGAGGGUUAUGAGAUGGUGAAGGAGGCGAUCAUCACCAUGACAGCUGUGGCCUGGUACAUCAACGACAUGAAGAGGAAACAGGAACAAGCAGUGAGGUUACAGGAGAUUCAGAACUCGCUGUUGAACUGGAAGGGGCCGGACCUCAUAGCGUUUGGAGAGUUGGUCCUGGAGGGAACAUUCCGGGUGCAGAGAGCCAAGAAAGAGCGGACGUUGUUCCUGUUCGAUAAGAUGCUGCUGAUCACCAAGAGGCGGGGGGAUCAGUACACUUACAACACGCACAUCUUCUGCUGUAACCUGACGUUAUCGGAGAACGUGAAGGAUCAGCUGAGUUUCCGAGUGACGGAUCUGACCAUCCCGAAGCGGCAGCACACUCUCCAGGGGAAGAACCAGGAGGAGAAGAGAUUGUGGAUCCAUUACCUGAAACGCCUGAUCAUCGAGAAUCACCCAGCAUCCAUCCCACAGAAGGCGAAACAAGUUCUGCUCGAAAACCAUUCUCACUAUGCUCCAGACAUUCCGAUCAGUCCCGAAUCAUUGCUGAGCAUUCCAUCUUCUCCCCGAUUCGAUGAUCCCUUCACAUUCCAGCGAGGUCGGAGACAGUCAGAACCUCCAGGGUUUAUAUACACCCCAGAGAGAACAAAGAAAAUCUUUCCACUGCUGAACACAGACACUCCGCUCACCCUGCGCCGGGGCAGGAGGCAGUCAGAACCGAGCAAACAGAGCCAGGCAGCGAUUGACCAGAGGGCCCUGUCUGUACCCUCUCGUUUCCAGUACACAGGCAGUGAGGAUGAUUUACUCUCCAACAUGGAGACGCUGAGCUUACUGGGUAGUGCCACCACACUGGCAUCCAGCAUGGUGGAGAUGGAGGUCAGCACGGAAACCAAGGCUGGAGACUCGGGUUCGCCAGAGACGCCUGACUGUCCAUUCAGAGAUGAGGCCCCCCCAGACCGAAUAGCCCAGAGCGGGGCGGACAAGCAGGAGGAUGCGGAGCAGUAUGAAGAAAGUCCAGAAUUUGGUGGCAUUGGCAACAUUGAUCUGGAGAUGGAACAGAUAUUUGCGAACAUGGAGUUGUUGCAGAAGAAAGCCCCUGAAGAUCUGGGUGCCAUUGUGGAAGAGCCCUCAUUUCAACUUGGAACUGUGAGCGGGGGUGACUCCCUGCUGGAUAUUUAUGAUGACACUGAUGUUGAAGUCUCUGGGAUUUCACUGCUGGAUAUUGCCUACGUUAACGGAACGGAGGAAAGUCAGACCUGCAACAGUGAAUCGUCUGAAGACAACGACCUCCAGAGGCAAACGCAGGGCGUGGACGAGGCUGGGCGAGCUGCCCAGGGCUCUCGAGGUGACUGCACGUGCUCUCGAGGUGUUGGCACGUGUUCUGGAGGUGUCGGCACGUGUUCUGGAGGUCACUGUAUGUAUUCUCGAGGUGUCGGCACGUGUUCUCGAGGUGACUGUAUGUGUUCUCAAGGUGUCGGCAUGUGUUCUGGGGGUGACUGCACGUGUUCUCGAGGUGUCGGCACAUGUUCUCGAGGUGACUGCACGUGUUCUCGAGGUAUCGGCACGUGUUCUCGAGGUGUCGGCACGUGUUCUCGAGGCGUCGGCGCAUGCGCUCAUGGAAGGCGGGCGUGUGGAGGCCCUGCUCGUGAGGGUCAGGGGUCACCUCUGGGCCAGGGCAGCUCCCGCCGCGAGGAUGAGGACAGCCAAUCAGGGGCUGAGGAGAGUUUCAAAGUUAACGGCUGCCCGGCGGCGCUGAAAUCGGAAAGUCCCGGCCGGGGGGAGACGGAGGAUGAGGCGAACGGUGGACAGUCCAAUGGCUUGGCCGAAGGGACGGGGGAUAUAAAGGGCUCGGUCCGGCUGGAGAAUGACCGGCUGCUGAUCGAGAAGAUUAAGAAGUAUUAUGAGUCGGCGGAGAUGGCCAACGACCAGUCCUACCUUCAGCGGAGGGAGAGCAUCUCCUUCAUCCCCACCGGCGUGGUGAGGGACUCCAUCCUCCGCCUUAAUUACCAGACGGCACACGACAGCAUUCCCGAGGGGCCGAGCGGCAAGGCCUCCGGUCACUCCCGCUCGGCGGCCAGCGGCUCGGAGCCCCGCACCCCCGCGGGGGGCGGCCAGCUCCCGCUGGGCCCGGCCCGAGCGCCCGGUGCGGCCGCAGAACCGCCGCGGAAUCCCUCCGCCGAAGCCGGAGCGCAGCUGUCGGAGUUUAAAUCCUCCGCGGAGAUGAUCAAGGUCUGGCGGGAAAUGGAAAAGGCGGCACGUUUCUGUCACCGGCACGAGGCGUGGGGUCGCUGCCGGGCGGCAGGGGCCGGGAGCAAGGGCCCCCGGCAGGGGGGCCACACCGAGGCCCUGCUCAUCCUCGAGGACUCCGACCUCUGCCCCUCCCCGGACUUGCCCCAAGCACCCGCCGACGGGCCGGAGGGGGAGGCCGGGGAGAGCCCGCUGGGCGACGACGGGGCGCCCUGCGCUCCCUGCUGGGUGACCGGCCCCGGCCUGGUCGACGACCCCCACCGCUGCCUCUUCCGGAGCCCCGAGAAAAUCAUGAGCCGGGUCCAAGUGCUGGCCAAGAUGUACGGCCAGCGGGCCGGCAGGAGGAGGGCGGCGACCCCGCGGAGGAUCUGGGAACUGGAGCCCGAGGCCAGAGCGGAGGACCAGCCCCGGAGGCGGAGGCCGAGGCCAGGGCUGAGAGUGACCACAGCCCGUGAGGAGGUGGACGUGGGAACUGACGAUGAAGUGACAGCACUCCAGCAGCCUGGUCCGUUUGGACAUGUGGUCAUUCAAGAUCCAACCCCUUUCCUCUACGCCCAGGAGAACAUUGUCCAGCUCUCCGUUUCCAAAGCCAAGUCUGAAAUCUCCAAGCUGCAGCUGCAUGAUCCCAGAGAAGAUGCAUCAUCACAACAAAGAGCCAACUCAACAGCACGGGGCAUCUCCUCACUGGACACCUCCUCACCCACAAGCCCUCAAUCCCCUAACAUUACCUCCCCUGACUCGCUGCCUCUUGGGGUCAGCGCUGAGCUUCCUUCUUUCACUCGGAUUAGCUCAGGACCCCCGUCACUGACUUCCACACCCCCUGGUUCCUCCUCAGCAAACCUUCCUGUGUCUGGAGUUGGCCCCUCAAUGACGACAAUUCUCACAGCGCAGUCACCUACCUCAGAAUGUCUGGCUCACACUCAGCACAGCCCACUCCCCCCGUGUAAGACCAGACCAGUUCCUCCCCCCUCCCAGACAGGUCCAAGAGCAUCCUCCCCCCUCUCUGGCUGUUCCAGCCCACUGCCCUUGGUCAGACACAUGGACCAGUCUCUGGUCUCAGACUGGUCCGAUGCGGCACCGAAGGGAACCUUACAAACAGGCACCCAGAGGACAAACCCACAAACUCCGCCAUCCCUCCCUCCAACUCCUGACCACUCUCAACCUCCGUCUCUGCUGCUCUGUAACCCUCUGGAACAGACCCCCCCUGCCAGUGCUCCAGGGAGUGCAGACAUGGGCAGUGCUCUCAGGGGGUGUGGUGUCAGGGAACUCUGCCCUAAGGGAUGUGGUAUUGGGGAGACCCACCCAGGUAGGUGUAGUUUGGAGGUGCCCCGCCCUGGUGGGUGUGGUUCGGAGGAGCCCUGCCCUGGUGGGUGUGGUUUGGAGGAGCCCCGCCCUCAUGGGUGUGGUUUGGAGGAGCCCCACCACCAGGAGGGUGUAGCCGAUCAUCAGGGCAGGGGCUCAGUGGCUCGCUCAUUGUCGUGCCCGGUCCCUGGUGCCCCUCACGAGGCUGCUCUGCCCAAGCCUGGCAGUCCGCUGGCAUGCGGAGGCUCCGAGUUCUGUUGCUCACUGCCGCCAUGGGUCAGCCUCCGGGGCAGGUCCCCGUCCCCCUCUGCCAUCCGGCAACUGGAGCAGUCCUCCAGGGGCACCGCCAACCCGGACCGUGCCACCCACACCGUCCAACCCUCGCCCACCAUGGGUCCUGAGGCUAAGCCUCCGCCUUCCCCUCUGCCAUCGCGGACAGACCCCUCCUCGCAGGUGUGCCCGCCCUCGGUGCCUGGGAGCCAGGCGGGAGGUUCCCCUGGUCCAGGGGUAGUUGGCAAGCCCUGUUGUGCCGUGAUCCCAGGAGACAGUGUGGAGACCCAGCCUCUCUCGCUGAGCCUCCGCCUACGAUCACCUUCCCCCUAUCGACGUCAGCAGUGUCUGCGGGUACCGGACACAAUGGGCGCCAACCCACGUGAAGAACUGCCAAUGUUCAGCAAUCUGAGGCCUGCCUCCCUCCAACUGUGCCCAGCCAUCGGGCCCACGAUCCAUUGCCUUCCACCCCGUGCUAGCCCUCCACCGGGACAGGCUCCCUCACUGUUGGCUACAAAUCCUCGGUCACCUUCUCCAGCUCUCCCUGUCCUCAGGCCUCAGUUCCCAAGAGGGAGAGUUAAUUCCUUACCUUUGCCUGAUGGACCUCAGGCCUACCACUGGGACAAAGCGGACCAGUCCCAGUUUCCAGACUCCGGCCCCGGUGUCUGCUUACCUCCCCCCACAGUCAGAUCCUGGUCAAACCGAGACCCCUCCCUGAGGGGGUGCGAGGAGCCAGGUACACCCUCCAGGCCUCACUCUCCCGGUGAUCGGAAUGUCCCAGAACCAGCCCCGAGGUUGCGUUCCCCGUCUCCACCGUCUGGAUCCCCCUGGCCAGAGUCUUCCCGUCGUUCCUUGUUCCCGACACAAUCUGACAGAAAACUCAGGGAACGGCGCCCCUCGGAAGACACAGAGGUACUGGAUGCAGUGGUCUCCCCUGGGGUCAGCUCGGAGCUGUGCUUGUCCGCUGACGAUCCGGAACUUUCCGUCAGCCCUCAGCCUCGCGCCAGUCCAAGACGCCAGCCCCCAUUGCGCUCUGAGAGCCCCAAAGAUCCGGCGCCCUCGGUCAGGGGCCGGUCGCUGACCUCUCCGUCGGCAACAGCCCCCGCCUGGGGACUCUGUUCGCCGACCCGUGGUCACUCAGUCGAGGUCUUCUGCCCCAUGCCCUUCCCCAGGCCCAGGGUUCGCUCCCCGGUGUCUGUCACAAGGCUUGACUUCACCUCCCCAGAAAUGUCCACCUCCAGGUGUCCAUCUCCAUCGCCCUCCCAGAGCUCCUCAAGAUCGGGCUCUCCUACACCGCCUUGGGCUGGACGGCAGAGCCAAUCGCCGCCCUCCUCAUCCUCAGACCCAUUGCUGUCCUGUCAGAGAACCACAGCAAUGUCCCCAGUGCCCUGUCCCUCCAUCCUGGGAACUGGGGCCUACCACUCAGUGACUCAACAAACAGCCAACAGCUCUUGUGUUGGUGUCAAGGACCAAUGGGGCACCCCGUUGGGCGGUAGUGUUGGCAAAGACUGUGCCCAAGGGCGAUUGGAGCACAGGGAGCAGCCCUGCCCUGUCUCUCCCCCUCAGCCUCGGGCCAGGGGUGAAACUAUCCAGUGGACUGAGGGUCUAGAUGCUGUGAUGUGUCCCCUCAUCAGCCCAGAGCCGGUCUCCAUCGUGGGACCAUCUCCGUGUGGCCAGGAGGCUGAGACAGAGGACAGAGACAGGGAGAUGUUUACGGGCGUGGGGUCGGCUCUCCCUCCGAGCAACAACCCUAACAGCGGUCAGACGGAGCAGUGCCACGUUCUGAGGCCUGGCAGGGAGCUGGGCAGAGAGAAAGGGAAUAUAAAGACCAGCUAUUCGACCACAGUGAACCUGCAGAUUGGGGGCAGUGGGAAGAGAGCGACUUUCAGCAGAGCUCAGGUCAGUCUAACCCAGAUGUUCCUCCCUGCGGCUGGCCAGUCAAUCAGGAAGGUCAACGGGAGCAGUGGGACCUCCCGGACAACGUGAUG